AAAAUCAGGCCAACCAUAAAUAUAUAUUUGAAGGUCAAAACGAAAAGCAAAUCGAACGGUCAGGAAUGGGUUGAAAUUUCCGAAACUGAAUAAAAAGACAACUACUUCAAGCGCAAGCUUUAGAAAUUUGUAAGGGAAGGUGAAGUGGUGGACGACCCAAAGUCUCGUUACACCAGUUAUCCUCUUUUUAGAAUAUUGCUUAAUAUACAGCAGUCCGCACAGCAGGCCUGGUUUAUGCAUUGGAUGAUCGGCAAAGAAACACUGCAGGAUCUUCCAUGGUACAAAGGACGGUUUUGAAGGUUGACGUUUCAUGCCAUAAAUGCAAGAAGAAGAUUCUCAAGGCUGUCUCUGACAUUGAUGGUGUAGAUAAGAUAGAAGUUGACGAAGGGAAGGGGACAUUGACGGUAACAGGAAGUGCAGAUCCAUAUGAGAUAAUAGUACGCACAAGAAAAGCAGGAAAACAUGUAGAGGUAGUGACUAUUGGGCCGCCUCCUCCACCACCUAAACAGCCACAGGCACAGGAUCAGCAAAAGAAGCCAGAGGACAAGAAGGAAGAGAAAAAACCUCAACAAAAGUCCCAAAUCCAUGAUCCCCUCACUUGUCCCCAGUGUCAGAGCAUUAUUGUUGUUCCAAUGGGCUAUCACGAGCGCAGCCCAUCAUGCUCGAUUAUGUGAUUUUUUUUCUAUAACUGAUAAUUUGCAGUGGGGGUUUCGCUGCUUCACCAAGCUAUCCGAGUCUCAGACCCAACUUUGCAAGCAUCGGGAACUCUAUAAAAUAUUUGGUCUAUUGAAUUUUAGCUGGAGACAACGAAACAUGGCCUGCUCAGAUAAAAC